CCAGCUGGCUGUGUUUGUCCAGUCGUGUCAAUAAGUAUGGUGUGGGGCAGGUUGAAGUGCUCUUCUAGUUCGUAUCGGUGGUGAUUAAUUUCACGCUAGAAACAUAGACACAGUGGCCUAAUGGAUCAAUGCGAUACAAGGACAAUUCCAUUCCGUCCCGUCUCCAUUUCUAAGCUGGGAUAGAGUCGUGUCGCACUAAGGCUGUUGUCCCACACCUCUAUCCAAUUAGACCAUUCAUUCUGUAUAAAGGGGAAGCUUCAUUAAGAUAUCGAUGUUCUACAUUUAUUGGAGAACAGUUGCACGUGAAUCUGUAACAUGUGCCCGCUCUAACGAUUUCUAGAAUAUCUAACCGCUUAACUUCUAAUAGACGAAAUCAACGCCAACGUGAUGUUUGAUUUCUAUGGAAACAGAAUCCGGGAAAGGAUAUUCCAAAAUACCGAUUGAACUGGAUCUGGUUGUGAGUUUGUGUACACAGAUUACCUAGUAUUUACGUGGAUCCCACGGGAUAUUUAAUAUUGAGGCGGAACAUUCACUCUAUAAUAGUCAGACGAACUGAUCUAGUAUUAAGGCGAGUACACCGAUUUUCUAGUAACCCUUACUGAGAAGACAUGAUUGACAUUCAGUGUGCUUACCGAGUACAUCUACUCUAUCCUACAUUGAUUUCCAUCUAAACUUCCAUCUAUCGUCCAUCUGUACAGGUUUGAUGUUAUCAGGUGUACCUACCUUAAUAAAGCACAGUCGUGUGAAUAAUACCAUGACACACAGAUUGAAACAGGUGUGAGGAGAGCCACGCCCACUCCGCUACAGUUAUUACACUCACAGUCUGCCUCAGUGAUCAAUAGCUUCAAGUUUUACAGUUGGAGGAAGAUCGUUAUGAAGCAACGUUAAUAUUGCUAUCUUGGAACUUAAAGAGAUUUUUAAUUUGUACUGUGAUGGAAUAACGGAAUUACAGUUGUGAAUUCAAAUCCGAGUAUUCGAGAUAAUUGUGCUUGUAAAAAGGGGUUAUAUCGAAUUAGUGAAAGGGCAUGGCGGAUAUGGAUCAAAGAAAUCGGAUUGUGUUUCUGGGAGCCGGAAGAGUUGGUAAAAGUUCCAUUUUGAAACGUUUUCUACACGGAACAUUCUCCAGUGAAUAUAAAGAAACAGUGGAAGACUUAUACAGUAGGGAGUAUGACGUACAGGGAAACCAUUUAAAAGUGGACUUCCUCGACACCGCCGGAAAUAUUGCUUUCCCGGCCAUGCGCAGAUUAUCAAUUGCUAAUGCACAUGCGUUUGUUUUAGUUUACUCUUUAACUAAUGAAGCGACAUUUAUUGAGGUUAAACAAUUAUGGGAAAAUAUCAAAGAAGUACGUGAGAAUUAUCAGGAGAUUCCAUGUGCUAUUGUAGCUAACUGUAUUGAUAUGGAAAACAAUAGGCAGGUGGAAAAGUUCGACGCGUUAAACUGGGCUUACAAUGACAACCUAGGGGGCGCCUUCGUAGAGGUUUCUGCAAAAGACGACGAAUGUAUAACAGAUAUAUUUAAAAUUCUAUUUGAACAACUCAAAGUUCCACGUUCGAAACUACCGGAAAAGUUAAGUCUACUAACCAGGCGACUGAGUUCUCAUUCACUGGAACAAUCUGACCAAGAAGCUGAGCCAAAAACACCACCUGAGGAGAAGAAAUUUUUCCGGAGUCGAAGUCUGAUCAGAAGGGGAAGUAAGCCAAAAGUAAAAAGGUCGUCUAGGAAUAAAAACGACUGUGAGGUCUCGUAGUGCCUGCCAAAUCUCGCGGUGCUAUUACGUCUCGUAACUCUACCAAGUCACGUGAUGAUACUACAUGUAUCUCGUGCAGUGGAGGAAAGUACACGUGAGAGCGGUCACUUCAAACCGUGUAAGAAGACAUCGGUAUCUCCAGUUCACGUGACCAGACCCUGUAAGACAUAUCUGGACUAACUCUCGACUGGAUCGCUAUUAUAAAAAGCUCACGCAGAUUUGGAUGGAUGUGGUACGUCUGUAAGGCGUGGCUCGUGAGAUCGUAUCUUGGUAGAUUUGGACUGGCCACAUUUUGUUUUACUGGUCAGUGUUAGUAAGAAUGACAUGGCUAACAGGUACGUCUGAUCUGUACGUAGGUAGGAUAUAUAUGGACUCUUUGCCUUCUGUUCCUGUAAGGAAAUGGCGUGUUGAUUUUCUUAUAAAAAGUAUUAUUCGCUAUUACAAUAUUUAAAAAAAUCUUUUCACAUUUUUUUCUCUAUGUGUGCACUUGUAUAAUAAACACAUCCUUUUCUGCACGCCUAUACCCAAUGAAUUCCGUUUGUUCGGACAUUUCAUUUCCAACAGAAUUACGAAUCAAUGUAUCGACUAGCUACAGCGUCCGGAUAUCAAUUUGAAUGUGUAUCAUGCCAGGAGCUUCUGAUUUCCGGACAAACGAGGUUUUAUCGUCUGUAUAUUACCGCAUAGUAUCAUUGUAACAGAGACUUACGCAUUAUUUUAGUCUAUCAUCGCGACACAUCUCUGAAGAAAUGACCUCUGUUCUGUAUCGAAAACUAAAGAUUUCUGUCUGUCUGGGUUCAUUAUGUUUCCGUAUUGUAAACUCCAAAAUUAUGGAGAUUUCUGUUCGAUCCGGAAUAUCGAAUAUUCUAUAAGAAAUAGGCUAUCGAGGUUUCUCAGUUGUUCGGACUAAAACGGAUUCCGUGUAGUUUAUAUAAGGUAGGGUUUUCCAUGAUCAGACUUACAUUUAUUAGGCCGGGUUAAGGUCAUUUCUCCUUAGUCUGGAUUAACGUGUUUUCUCUUUAAUCCGGACUAAUAUCAUUCCUUGUAGCUUUGAUUUACGUUGAAUUCCUUUAAUCGGAUUAAAGUGAAUUACCUCUAGUCUGUAUAACGUGGGUUCUCUUUACUCCGGAAUAACGAAAAUGUUCUGUAGACUGGACUGCGGUUUUCGUUUACCCUGGAUUAACAUAGUUUCCCUUUAGUCCGGAUUAGCAUAAUAUCCCUGUAGUUUUGAUUUAUGUGAUUUUCGAUUAGUCCACACAAACUUAAUUUCCUUGUAGUCUAUAUUAACUUUUCCCUUAAUUUAAUGUUGUCUCAUUACUCCGGAAUAACGUAAUUUACCUGCGGUCUGGAUUAAUGUGAUUUUUUUUCUCUGAACACGCAUGCUGACUAUGUGGAGCCUCACAAAGUAUCUAUAGAUGAACUAUACUAACAUAUUUCUUUCUUUUGUAUUAUGAUCCGUCAAUGACGAUUAAAGACAUGGCCACGAAAUGAUGUCGGACCAGCUCUCCAGUGUAGAUUAUUGACACGCAUGCGUGUAAAUUCAUUCCAAUUAUUUGUAAACACUUGUUUUUUUCUAUAUUUCUGAUUUGUCACUCUUUCAUUGAUA